AUGUUGGGCAUGUGUGAGGGGCCCAUAUGGCAGGUUGAUGAUAUCACGAAUUGUGUGCAAAGGAAUUUUCUGAAAGUCCUUUUCCCGAUAAUCGUCGUCGGCCUUUCUUUUCUACGUCUUGUAGUACAAGCUAUCCAGCGCAAAGUCCGACGGAAACGAAAUCCCAGCCACAAAAACCUCCCGAAUGGCUCAAGUGUACAUUGCGAAGGACAGAAUGGCGCAGGCUAUCAGCAUAUUCCCGAAGACGAUUCCGUAUCCAUAAGCACGGACGAGAAUGAGGAUGGCUUGAUCGUUGGUGGGGGUCGGCUGGUGUUGACCAAGACAGUUACGAAGGGCUCCGUUGCUGCCAUUGAUGCGCCCCGGGCUCAGUAUACGAUUCUGAUUCUCGAACUGCUGGCCAUAGUCGCUGUGGACGCUAUCAAUAUCGCUGCAUACAUUCUCCAUGCACAUGGCCCCCAUGGAACGCUCGCCACCGUGGUGGGAAUCGCAACAUGGACCUAUAUCCUGGCAUUGGCCAUAUCAAGACUAGCAUUGUCGAAGACGUCGUGGAGGAUUCCUGGAGUAUGGAACCAUACCGCGUCUCUGUAUACAUUGAUAUGGAUCUUUUCAAUCGUAACUUUCCGUUCUGCACUCAUCCACCCUCGCUCGGGAACAGCUCAGGUUCUGGUCAUCUCCGAGUUCGCCCUGACUUCCUUUCUCUUCGGCAUUACAAUCACUACACGGAAGGGCAAUAAAGCUGUUGUGCUGGAAUGGGAGAAUGAUAUUGAACCAUCGAGAGAACCUCUGGCCAGUCUCCUCUCUAUUGCGACUUUUGGGUGGGUGGAUUCGAUUGUCUGGCAUGGCUACCAAAAGACCUUCGAGCUAGCUGAUGUUUGGAACUUGAUGCCAAAAGACAAGGCAGCGGCAGUUUUGGCCGAUUAUCGUCAGCUCAAGAAGACAACUGCUUUGACUUGGCAUCUUAUGCGCUACUUCAGGGGAAUCCUCAUCGUGCAGUGCUGCUACGCUUUUAUCUCUGCAAUCUUCACGUGUGCACCUACCCUAUUACUCAAAUCGAUUCUAGAGUACAUCGAGGAUCCUGACAUUGCGCCAAGGAAUGUCAUCUGGCUCUUCGUGAUCCUGCUUGCUGUUACGAACCUUGUUCGAUCCCUCGCCGACCAACAGGCAUUGUGGAUCGGCCGCAAGAUUUGCAUCAGACUGCGAGCAAUCAUCAUCGGUGAAAUCUACGCAAAGGCUCUCCGUCGGAAAGCAGCAGCGAGUAGUGAUACGUCUCUUGGGGAUGCCGCAAAAUCGAAAAAGUUGAAGCAACCCGUUGGCCUCGGUGGAAAGAAGAAGGACGCAGCUAAAGAUCCCGGCUCUGACCCUACAGCGCUCCCCAAGACCUCAGACCCCAGUUCCAAGGGAGGCGAUGAGCAAGUGAACGUUGGAACGAUCAUCAAUUUGAUGUCUGUCGAUUCUUUCAAAGUCAGCGAAGUCACAGCCUAUUUACAUUUCCUCUUCGCUCAAGCACCAACUCAGCUUAUCGUAUCAGUCUACCUACUAUAUAAAAUUCUUGGGUACAGCAGUAUCCCUGGACUCAUCGUCAUGGUGAUCCUCCUCCCGGUCAAUAUCGCAUUUGCUCGAGGGUUUUCCGGGGCACAGAAGAAAAUCAUGGGUGCUACAGACAAGCGAAUUCACACCACUAACGAGGUCUUGCAAAACAUCCGAAUCAUCAAGUUCUUUGCGUGGGAGCAGCGCUUCAGUAGCAUUGUCAACGAAAAGCGACGAGCCGAAUUGAGAGCCUUGCGAUCCAAGUAUCUCCUUUGGGCAUUUGCUGUAGCCGUUUGGAACACCGUACCAGUUAUCAUCACUUUCUUCUCGUUCCUAGUAUAUACACUGGUGGAGAAGAAGCCGUUAUAUCCUUCAGUCGCUUUCACAGCGAUUUCACUGUUUUCAAUUCUUCGAGUACCGCUGGACCAACUCGGUGACAUGAUAGCACAUGUGCAAGAGUCCAAGGUCUCGGUCGACCGAGUGGAGGAGUUUUUGAACGAGGAGGAAACGGAGAAGUACGAGCAACUUCAGCACGACAACCUGGACGACGAAGGAAACCAAAUGAUUGGCUUCCAAAACGCAACAUUCUCGUGGGGUGGCAAAGAAGCAGAAGGUGAUGAGGCGUCAUCAGCCUUCCGACUCAUGGAUAUGGACGUCAAAUUUGAGAUUGGCAAACUCAACAUCAUUGCAGGACCCACGGGCUGUGGAAAGACAUCACUACUGAUGGCUCUCCUUGGAGAAAUGUCACUCAUCAAGGGUAAAGUCUUCUUGCCCGGUGGCUUCAGCCGCGAGGAUGUUCGACCGGACCCAGAGACUGGUCUUGCUGAAAGUGUUGCUUACUGCGCUCAGCAAGCUUGGCUCGUCAAUGCCAAUAUCAAGGAGAAUAUCAUCUUCGCGGCACCACUGGACGAGAAGAGGUACAGGGACGUCAUCGUUGCCUGUGCUCUUGAACGUGAUCUCGAAAUACUUGAUGCUGGGGAUGAGACUCUCGUGGGCGAGAAGGGUAUCACACUAUCAGGGGGUCAGAAGCAGCGCAUUUCCCUUGCUAGAGCGUUGUACUCCAACUCUCGACAUGUACUCCUGGACGACUGCCUAAGUGCUGUUGACUCGCAUACAGCCAAGUGGAUUUUUAAUAACUGCAUCCGCGGUCCUCUUAUGCAUGGUCGAACUUGUAUUCUUGUAACGCAUAACUUAGCGCUCUGUGUGCCGCGGUCAAGACGCGUCAUUCUCCUGGACAAUGGAAAGAUCGAAAUCCAAGGUUCUUCCGAGGAUGUCAUUGCAUCAGGCAAACUUGGUGACGAGAUUUUUAAAUCAAGAUCUAGCUCGGUCGAGCCGUCGAAAAUGCCAUCCCGGGUCCCAUCCAGCAUAGGUAAUGAGAGUGGUGACACUCUUAUCGGCGAGAUUGAGGCUGCGAACGGAGAUGGUGACCGCAGGCUAUCUGCCAAGAAGGACGUCAAAGACGUAAUGCAGGAGAAGAAGGCUGAGGGUGGCGUGAAAUGGCCCGUUCUCAUCCUGUACCUAAGGUCCAUGGGUCCUUGGUGGUUUUGGAUUCUUGCCGUGCUUGUUUUCGGGGUUCAGCAGUUUGGAGCCAUGAUUUCCGUCCUUUGGAUUCGACAGUGGGCAAAUCAAUACGAUACCGAGGCUGUCCGAGGGUAUCAUGGCCUGUCCCCCGAUAGCUAUAUUGGCAACACAAUAUCCAUGGCUCGAGUCGCUAGUUCAAGAGUCUUACAGGUUCAACCGUAUUUCAACCCGAACAAGACUUCCAUUCUCUCGAGAAUAGCUCCUGACGUCGACGUCUCAUUUUAUCUUACAGUAUACGCUCUGAUUGGAGCCGGGGGCAUGCUCGUUGCUCUGUUCAGGGAUAUGUGGCUGUUCUAUGGAUCCUUGAGAGCGAGCUGGAAGAUUCACCAAAGUCUGGUGGAGUCCGUCACUCGGGCGAAGUUCAAGUUCUUCGAUGUUACGCCUCUUGGUCAGCUCAUGAAUCGCUUCAGUAAGGAUUUGGAAGCCGUGGAUCAAGAAGUAGCUCCGAUCGCCAUUGGCGUGAUGUCCUGCGCCCUUGCUAUCGGCGUCACUGUUGCACUAAUUACAGUCAUCACCCCUGGUUUCCUCGUUGCUGCCGUCUUCAUCAGCUUGUUAUACUUCUUCGUCGGGAAGUUCUAUCUUCGUUCUUCUAGAGAUCUGAAGAGAAUCGAGUCGGUGCAAAGAAGUCCACUGUUCCAACAAUUUGGAGAGACUCUAAGUGGAAUCACGACUAUUCGUGCAUAUGGAGACGAGAAACGAUUUAUUCGUGAUAACAUGUUGAGAAUAAACACUCACAGCCGUCCUUUCAUCUAUCUAUGGGCUGCGAACAGAUGGCUGGCUUUCAGGAUUGAUCUGAUCGGUGAUCUCGUCGCCUUCUUCGCUGGUGCAUUUGUUGUCUUGAGCAUUGGGAAGAUUGACGCCGGCGCAGCAGGUCUUUCGCUGAGUUACGCAAUCGGUUUCACCGAGAACGUGCUCUGGUUGGUGCGACUUUAUUCUAUGAAUGAGCAGAACAUGAACUCGGUAGAACGUAUCAAGGAGUAUCUUGAUGUUGAGCAAGAAGCAGAGGCGGUCAUUGAGGACACCCGGCCUGCCGCAAACUGGCCCAGUCAGGGCUCAGUUGAGUUUAUCAAUUACACUACCAGAUACAGGCCCGAUCUGGAGCCAGUAUUGCGGAACGUCACGUUCAAUAUCAGACCGGGGGAAAAAGUCGGAAUUGUUGGCCGAACAGGUGCAGGAAAAAGUUCUCUAGCUCUUGCUCUGUUCCGGGGCCUUGAGGCCGAGGAAGGCAAGAUCUUGAUUGACGACGUGGACAUUGGCCUCAUUGGCCUUAGAGACCUUCGCGAAUCGAUCACUAUUGUUCCACAAGAUCCAACGCUCUUCUCUGGGACCAUCAGGAGCAAUCUUGACCCUUUCAACCUAUUCACUGAUGAGGAUAUCUUCACGGCCUUACGAAGAGUUCAUCUGAUUGGAACGACUCUCCCUACUACGAAUUCAUCUACACUUUUGAGCGCCUCGCGACCCGCCUCCCCUCCACAAGCCAACGGGCUCAGUACCCCAUCAGGAACGUCAACCCCUGUUGCGAACAAGAACAUAUUCCUCAACCUAUCGUUUCCUGUUACAGAGUCCGGCAACAACCUAUCGCAAGGCCAAAGACAGCUUCUCUGUCUGGCACGUGCGCUCCUGAAGCAACCCAAGGUCCUCAUGAUGGACGAAGCUACGGCGUCUAUCGACUAUAAUACCGACUCCAAGAUUCAGGAGACCAUCCGUGAGCUUACGAGCACCAUCAUCACCAUCGCACAUCGCUUGCAAACAAUUGUCGAUUAUGACAAGGUGCUUGUUCUGGACAAGGGCUCCGUGGUCGAGUACGGCCAUCCAUACGAGCUGCUCAAGAAAGAAGGCGAACAUGCAGUAUUUAAAAGCAUGUGUGAGAUGAGUGGAGAUAUGGUUGCUCUGCAAAAAUCAGCUAAGAAGGCAUGGGAGGCGGGGCGACUCGUAGACGACGAGUGA